AUGGGAACCUUACGCCAAGAGAGACACUCUCUGUUUUGGAGCUUGUUAAAAUAUAACCAAGUCAUGAAAGAAGUUGUAAACCAGAAUAUGUCCAAUAAUCUAACGGCUCCAUCUUUAUCUUUAAAGGGUUGGUAUUGUUUAUAUCAUUACGAUAAAGAAAUGGUUGAAGAAGAAUGGUAUGAAACUACUAGAAUGGUUGCGAAACAUACUGAAAAAGAAAAUAUAGAAAAAGUUUAUUCGCACACUAAUCCUUUUAUAAGAAAUUUUAUCAGACGAUCUAUUAAAGGAGGAAGAGUUUCGGCAAAUAGAAAAUCAUUUGAAACGAACAAAAUGGAUGAAAUUUGUAAUGUAUUAAAGGAAUAUACAAAACUUGAAAGUAAUAACAUAAUUGAUUUAUUCAAAGAAUACAGCGCAAGCACAAAAGACAAAACGGAGGUUCAUUCGAGACUUAAAAAAAUAAACUGUACUAAACUAAUAGCAUUUGAUGCUAACGGUUUAUACGCUUCAGCAAUGUCGGAUUUAGACAGUGAAUAUCCGAGAGCAGAAAGUGGAAGACCGUUUCUACCAGAAGAAGAAAAAGAAUUUGUAAAACUCUUCAAUAAACAAAAAUUUAGACCUAGAACAGCUAUUUUAACAGUGUGGUUUGACUAUCCCAAAAACAUGUUCUUCCAACCGAUACCAGCUAAAGAUAAAAUCACUUUCACGAAUAAAGAAGGUAAAAAGGAAACGGGUAACAAAAUCAGGUUCAGAAAUGGUUUCUGUCACGACGUUUUAACAUCGGUUGAUAUUCAAGAAAUAGUGAAAGCCGGUGGACGAAUUAUUAGAAUAUUAGAUGACUAUUGCAAAGGUAAAAACGAUUAUGGUGACGGUGGAAUUAUAUUUGGUUUAUAUUUAGCACCAAAAGUCAAAUACAACAUCGUUUUGACUUCUGAUGGUGUUUUAAAAGAAAAGAAAACAUUUAAAGGUUAUUCUAAUGAUAAGAUAAGUGUAGAAGAUUACGUUCAGUUAGCAAGCGGACAUGAUGUGUCGAAUGAAUUUAAGAAACCAUGGGAAAAAAGUUUCAGCAAUGGAGUAGUUAUUCCAAACGAUAAACAAACUAAAGUUUUUAGAAGUUAUUUGAAUAAUGUUAAAAGAAAACCAUCAAACAAUGAAGGAAUUAUGUAUCCUUACAACGACAAAGAUGAGUAUAGUUUUGAUGAAAACUAUGAAUUUGAUGAUUUCGAUUAUCUUACUAUUCAAGAAGAGAAUGAAGAUUGUUUUAAAUUAAGUUGA